AUUUCACCAACCAUGUCAAUGCCCAAUUCAUCUUCUCCCCACCACAUCAAUACCAAAUUCAUGGAUUCUAAAACCCUAAUUACUCCCAAAUUCACCCCCUUAUUGUCAUAUUUGUCUCCUUCCCAAUGCCGCUAUAGUUGGCGCUUUCAAUCUCGUCGUAAAUCGGCCUACUAUCCGUUGUUCCUAAGAACUCGGUUUCUUACUCAUGUUAACCCUAUCCGAGGAGUUUCCUAUGAAGAAGGGUAUAGGAAUGACCAGAGUUUUGCUGUGGUUUCGUCUUUUGGCGAUGGUGGUGAAGAUGAAGAGGAGGAAAUUGCGAGUAAGCCUGAGGAUUUGGCUGAAAAUGAGAGUAUUUGGGAUCAACUUGUGGAGAUUGUGAAGUUCUCUGGACCAGCGGCAGGGCUGUGGUUGUGUGGACCGUUGAUGAGUUUGAUUGAUACCGCUGUGAUUGGUCAGUCGAGUUCUGUCGAACUCGCAGCUUUAGGGCCGGGUACGGUGCUUUGUGAUUAUAUGAGUUAUGGAUUUAUGUUUCUUUCUGUAGCUACCUCCAAUAUGGUGGCCACCUCACUUGCUAAACAGGAUAAAUCCGAGGUGCAGCAUCAGAUAUCGACUCUUCUUUUUGUUGGAUUGACAUCUGGUCUAUUGAUGCUUUUCUUUACAAGGUUUCGGGGAGAAUGGGCACUGAGUGCUUUUGCUGGAGCCAAGAAUGCACAUAUGAUAUCAGCAGCAAACACAUACGUUCAGAUUCGAGGCUUGGCAUGGCCUGCAGUUCUUGUUGGAUGGGUUGCUCAGAGUGCAAGCCUCGGCAUGAAGGAUUCAUGGGGGCCUUUGAAGGCUCUGGCAGUUGCAAGUGUUAUCAAUGGUAUUGGUGAUGUAGUUCUGUGCUUAUACUUAGGCUAUGGUAUUGCUGGAGCAGCAUGGGCAACAAUGGUAUCACAGGUUGUUGCAGGAUUUAUGAUGAUUGAAGCUCUGAAAGAUAAAGGGUAUAAUGGUUAUGCCAUUGCUGUUCCAUCAGCUACUGAACUGUUACAAAUAUUUAAGCUUGCUGCUCCAGUGUUUAUAAUGAUGAUGUCCAAGGUGGCAUUCUAUUCUCUACUUGUGUACUUUGCUACAUCAAUGGGCACACAGACUGUUGCAGCCCAUCAGGUCCUUGUCCAAGUAUACUGUAUGUUCGCUGUAGGGGGCGAACCUCUCUCCCAAACCGCACAAUCAUUUAUGCCAGAACUUAUAUAUGGCACCAAACGAAGUCUAUCAAAGGCAAGAAUGCUGUUAAAGUCACUGGUGAUAAUCGGCGUGUCAUGCGGAUUAAUAUUAGGUGCUGCUGGAACAAUUGUCCCCUGGUUAUUCCCCCAAUUUUUUUCACCUGAUCCUCAGGUCAUAAAGGAGAUGCACAAAGUUCUACUUCCAUACUUCAUUGCUUUGUCUGUGACAACAAGUACUCACAGCCUUGAAGGAACGUUGUUGGCUGGACGCGAUUUGAGAUUUAUUAGUUUGUCAAUGAGCACAAUCUUUGCUUUUGGCGCUCUUCUCCUUAUGUUUUUCAGCAGUUCGGGAUACGGUUUGCCUGGUUGCUGGUGGACGUUAGCGUUGUUCCAAUGGUCUCGUUUUACUGUUGCUCUACUACGUCUCGUUUCGCCAAAUGGCAUUCUUUACUCUGAGGACAUGACCCGAUAUGAACUUGGGAAUGUUAGCACCACCACCUAGAAUGAACCUCAAUCGGUCUUCGCAAUCCCGUUAGCGCCAGGGAUGAUCGAAAUUUGUGUUUUUGAUAGCUUGGCUAUCAUAAAUUUUGUAUGUGCUCUUAACUCUAAUAGUAUAUUGUAUGCAUUAGAUCGAAGCAUACAAGAAGUAGUCAUUUAUUUUAAACCCAAAUGAAGUGGGUUGGAAUAUAGCAUGGGAAACACUUCAAGAUUGUAAACAUCUUGUACUCCACUUGACCCUUUGUUGUGCCACAUUCUUACUUAUUUUGAUCGAUAGCUUGCUUAUCUUGUAACGUUUGAUUAUAUAAAUGAUAAGUUUUUAAGUUA